UGUCUGUCCAUGGAUGGGGAUAUAACCUUUUGAAGAUAAUGAUACUUUAUUUUUAUGUGUGUGGGAUGUCAAAUUGAACCAAAACCAAACGAAUUGUUCCUCGCGUGGGUUGACAUAUUGUGGUGGUAUAGAAAACCUACUUUUGAAGUUUUUUUUAUAUUUUUCUUUAUCAAAGAAAAGGCAUCAUAUGUCAACGGUCAUAUCUUAAUAUGGACACUCUGCCACUGUUACAAACAAACAAAAAAAAAAACUGCAAAUAACACCAAUUUUUUUCCUUUUGUUAAUUUUAUUUUAUUUUACAGGAAUACAAAAUAAAAAAAAAAGUUUAAAAAAAAAACACCAAAAGUGCUUAUAAAAAAAAAAAUCCAAACAAACGUUAUAGAAACUAGACACUUCUAUAGACAAAUUUCCCGGUACCAAAGGAAUCCCAUUAAAUCACCCAAAAAAUAACAGUACCCUUGCAAAUGUAUAUUCUUUAAACACACAUGUAGCACACACCUUAAAGUGACUUUUUUUACUUCUCCUAACCUAUCUGAUGGGCAUACUGGUUUGUGCAGAAAAGUCCCCAUUGUGCCGGUAGGGGGCGCCCGCAUGUUUCAAUAAAAAAAAAGUGGGCGAAAAUACUCCAAACACGAUCCAAAAAAAAAAUUAAAUACCUACACCUUCCCGCUAAAGAGAGCGUUCAAGUUAAAAAAAUAUCUUAAAGAUACUUUAGGGUAGGGGGCUACGGGGCAACUUGCAGCAAAAAUUGUGUUGGAAAAAAUGGAAAACACUGAACGCAUCGUUUCCAAUUCUACGAAUCAUCAAGAGAUCGACUUGCUGUAAAGUGUAUAAUCCUCUGUCGUGUGUGUUUGUAUAAAUAAGAAGGGGAGUUCAAAACUCUCAAUUGCACUUGGUCGCCGCGAUUGCAUUUGUGCAGCACACUCAUCGUUCAGAUGUGCAACUACUACCAUUGGCAGAGGUGAAGUUAUACAAACAAGUUUGUUUGCUGUGUGAGCAAAAAUACUCGUUUUUUUUUUUGUCCUGACCGUCCGCCCGCCGUCGUUGUCGGUCGUUAUUGCCCCUCGUCGUCAUUAAAAAUCGGUCCUCAUUUUGUAUAUCUGCAUCCAUAUGAAUAUGUUCUUUUUUUCUUCUCAAAUCUUAGUGAAUUAGUUGAAAAAUUAUAACCUAAAAGUGCAAGCAACAAAAUCUUUACCACAAUCAGAGUGCAUUCGGUGAGCUAUAGAUACUUCAUUUAUCUAUUCUAGAAAAAGAUAUACUCAGAAAAAAAAAAAAGUAUCUCAACUUAGCUAACAAAGAAGAAAACGGAUUUAAUAAACCUCAAAAUAAAUUUACAAAAGGAUUAACCAGCAAAGGAUUACAUUACCAACAACAACAACAAUAAUAACAGACUUGAAAAGGAAGGAAAAAAAAGGAAAAAUCCCGGCCUGGUAUAUCAGAGCAUCAUUUCACUUUAUAAGGGCCGACCGACGAGUGAGCAAAGAACUAACGUGUGGAACGUUGAACGUUUCCUCUCGGUCUCUUUCACUCAAUAAGGAAAUAGUAAUGCAUCCCCUUGGCAAUAAUUGGAUCCUUUGGCACCAACAUAAAUUCGAAUUUGAAAAUCAUUUAAUGGCUAAAAUUAAUGUCCGAAGAAAAAACUAAAAGAAAAUAAUAAAUAAAUAAACAAAAAAAAAAAAAAACAAAGAACGAAGGAAAAAAAAACUUUUCCGUUCAUUCUUCAGAUAUCAUCAGGCAAUUGUCGCCUUAAACGGGAAUUGAUUUAGGAAUUCGUUUCCAACCCAUCCCAUCUAUUCCACCACUCUCUCUCUCUCUCUCUGCAACCCACGCAGCAGAGUCCUUCUAACAAACAAAAUAAUACAAAAAAAAAAAAAGUAGAAUCCUUCUUGAGGACAAUAAUUUAUAAGGCGCCUUUCAAGUGAACACAGAGGAGCGAAAGAAGUAGAAUUAAAAAAGGAUAAAAAGAAAAAAAAAGAGAUUGACAAACAACAACAAACAAAAAAAAAACAAGAAGGAUAACUAGAAAACUAACUAUAAAGACAUGCAAGACGUUCGGAUUCGAGUUGAGCAGCCAACAACACAUGGCUCCCCCAGCAGCCAACGACGACCAAUUCAUCUUCUGCCGCAAAUAAGUUUAUCUUGCAAUGAUAACGACCCCCAUAUACCAAGAUCUCCCAGUUCUGAGGAGGAUAAUUCACCGACGGAAAUGAAUAACUGUAGACGAUUAGUUGAUAAGCCACCAUUGGUAAAACGCCUUACUAUGGGUCUCCUGCGUAACACAGAAGAUAGUCGACCAUUAGUGCACACAACAUCAUCCUCCCUCAACUCAGGCUCAUCACAAACCAUCUCCGAUGGCUAUGUGAACGAAGGCAUCUGUGAACCAGACAAAUUAAUUUCCGCCAAAUUUGGUGACUCCUGUCGGCAAUCGCUAACAGCAAUUCCCUCAUUAGAGUCACAUCGCCUGCAGGAUAAUAGUGAAUUUAGUUUCAAAAAGAAAUACCUUCGAGAGACUAGUAGUGCCAACUCAAGCCCAAAGAUGUUCGCUCCAACAGCACCUCUCCGGAUAGAUAGCCUUAGCCUCUCCGAACAAACCGAAUUAAAAGGUGCCGCCUGGUUUCAGGCCGGCAUUCCCCGUGAAAUAUCUCUCGAAGUGCUAUCACGACAAAAUCCCGGUGCAUUUCUUGUACGGCAGAGCAGUACAAAGCCUGGAUGCUUUGCACUGUCAUUGCGUGUCCCACCUCCAGCACCAAAGGUAGCCCACUAUUUGAUCCUGCGAACACCGCGAGGCUAUAAAAUCAAAGGAUUCACAAAGGAGUUCUCCUCGUUACGGGCCCUAAUUACACACCAUUCUGUGAUGCCAGAGUUGCUCCCAGUGCCGUUGUCCCUGCCGCGGCCGAAUACGAUGAUGCCGGCGCGACGUGAAAUGGACGAUUUCGAUACGUACGGAUCACUGAAUGACUUCCGGAAAAUGAUGUCUGACCUGAAUGUAUGACUUUU